AUGGUAGGUGGCCUCCAAUAUCUUACUUUGUCCAGGCCAGAUAUUUCCUUCGCUGUCAACCAAGUGUGCCAGUUUAUGCACAACCCUCGCACUUCCCACCUUCAAGUUGUCAAGCGCAUUUUUCGGUACAUUAAAGGUACAGUUGAGCAAGGUCUUAACUUUCACCAAUCCAAUGAUUUUUCCUUACGGAGUUUCUCGGAUGCUGAUUGGGUUGGUUCCGUUGAUGAUCGACGAUCCACCAUUGGUGCUUGUAUAUUCUUCGGUCCUAACCUCCUUACAUGGACUGCCAAGAAACAAUCUACUGUCUCUCGCUCUAGUACUGAAGCCGAAUAUAGGGCUCUUGCCCAUACUGCUGCCGAAAUUCGAUGGUUUGGUUACUUGUUCCGUGAACUUGGCAAUCCCCUUCGCUCUGCCCCGUGCAUCUAUGUUGAUAACCUUUCCGCACUCUACAUGGCUGCCAAUCCUAUUUUCCAUGCUCGCACUCGGCAUAUCGAGAUUGACUAUCACUUUGUUCGUGAAUUAGUUGCUCGAAAAGCUCUUCGUACCUCUUAUGUUCCCUACUCACAUUAG